UUCUUCUUCUCUUCUUCUACCUCCUCCAUAUGACACAGAGACAGAGGAGGGAAAGAAGCAGAAGAAGAACCCCUAAAACCCUUGAGGCAACCACUAUGAAUAGCUGAAGAUUUUUUUUCACUCAAUCAAUACUUCGAGAUGCGAUUUUUGCUUCGUCUACCACAAGCCCACCUGCGGAAACUCUCUUGCUCGAUGUCUGUACUCAUGGGUUCCAAGCAAUUCCUCGAGUUUUGCCUUCUUCCUUCUUUUGCCGUAUCCUCUUCUUCUUCUUCUUCGCCUUCUCCUUCUUAUUCUCCUGGUAGGCAACUCUCUUCCGUCUCUAGACGAAUUCGUCCGGUUUUGGCCUCGAGACCCGUGUCCAAAAACAGCCCUUUUCACCAAAGGACCAAUGGUUUAUCAUCUUACACUUCAAUCUCCAGAGUCCCAACUCCUGUUGAUCCUGAAGAAGAAGCAGACAAGAGGGGUGUUUCAUCUAAAUUAGUUACUUUGAGGCGUAAAUUGGCGGAACAAGGAAUUGAUGCUCAAAACUGUCCUCCAGGACAAUAUAGUGGCUUGAUAUGUCCAACGUGUGGAGGUGGAGACUCUUUAGAGAAAAGCUUGUCACUUUUCAUUGCCUCGGAUGGAUCGUCAGCUACAUGGAACUGCUUUCGGGGGAAAUGUGGGUUAAAAGGGGGAGUAAAGGCGGAUGGUAGGUUGCCAUUUGCUGAGCCAAAAGAGAAGGUUGAAAAAAAAGUUACGGUGGAGAGUUUAGAGCUCGAACCUCUCUGUGAUGAGAUUCAGGAGUAUUUCGCUGCAAGAGCGAUUUCAGGGAAAACGCUUGAGAGAAAUCGGGUUAUGCAGAAAAGAAUAGGUGAUCAGAUUGUGAUUGCUUUUACGUAUUGGCAAAGAGGGGAGCUUGUGAGUUGCAAGUACCGGUAUCUAACUAAGAAGUUCUUUCAGGAAAGGGAUACACGGAGGAUCUUUUAUGGGCUUGAUGACAUAGAAAAAGCAUCUGAAAUCAUUAUAGUUGAAGGGGAAAUAGAUAAACUUGCAAUGGAAGAGGCUGGUUUUCGCAAUUGCGUGUCGGUUCCUGAUGGAGCUCCAGCGUCGGUUUCUUCAAAAGAAACCCCACCUGAAAAGGACACGAAGUAUAAGUUCCUAUGGAAUUGCAAUGACUAUCUAAAAAAGGCGUCUCGAAUUGUUAUUGCUACUGAUGGAGAUGGACCUGGUCAAGCUCUGGGGGAAGAACUUGCACGGCGUUUGGGGAAAGAAAGAUGUUGGCGUGUCAUAUGGCCGAAGAAAAAUGAGGAGGAACAUUUUAAAGAUGCAAACGAGCUGCUAAUGUCUGAGGGACCUCAUUUAGUCAAGGAAGCUAUUCUAAAUGCUGAGCCAUACCCUAUUCAAGGAUUAUUCGCUUUCAAAGAUUUCUUUGAUGAAAUUGAUGCAUUCUAUCAUCGAACACAUGGAUACGAGUAUGGUGUUUCAACGGGGUGGAAAACUUUGGACAACUUCUAUAGUGUUGUGCCAGGAGAGUUGACUGUUGUUACAGGGGUUCCUAAUUCUGGAAAGAGUGAAUGGAUUGAUGCUCUGUUAUGCAAUCUUAAUCAUAGUGUUGGCUGGAAAUUUGCUCUCUGUUCAAUGGAGAAUAAGGUACGAGAUCAUGGCAGGAAACUUUUGGAAAAACAUGUACAGAAACCAUUCUUUGAUGCAAAUUAUGGAAGAGCUGUCCAACGGAUGAACGUUGAGGAGUUGGAGGAAGGGAAAGAGUGGUUGAAUGACACCUUCUCUCUCAUAAGAUGUGAGAUGGAUUCACUUCCAAAUAUUGAAUGGGUUCUGGAACGUGCAAAAGCGGCUGUUCUUCGUUAUGGGAUUCGAGGACUUGUUAUAGAUCCUUACAAUGAGCUCGACCAUCAACGUACUACACGCCAGACGGAGACAGAGUAUGUUAGCCAGAUGCUUACAAAGAUCAAACGCUUUUCCCAACACCACUCCUGCCAUGUCUGGUUUGUCGCUCAUCCAAAACAGUUGCAACAAUGGGAUGGCAGUGCACCGAACCUUUACGAUAUUAGUGGCAGCGCACAUUUUAUAAACAAAUGUGACAAUGGUAUAGUAAUUCACAGAAACCGCGAUGAAAAAGCUGGACCUCUUGAUCUAGUGCAAAUAUGUGUGAGGAAAGUACGAAACAAGGUUGCAGGACAAAUUGGUGAUGCGUACUUGUGUUAUGAUAGGGCAACUGGUUUGUAUUCGGAUUCUCCAGAGACGCCAGAGAUGAGAUUAAACAAGCGGCACUGAUCAGUUUAAAGGACAUCAAACACGUUGGACAUAGCGUAUCGAUAACAUGUAUCACCUAAAUUUGUAUUCCUCUUGGUUUAUCAUUGAUGAGGAAAAGGAUCUUUUCGUGCGAGGAUUCUCUUACCCCUUUGUUUUUUAAACAGACUGUCUCGGUUAAAAAGACAAGAUUCUCUCUCUAUGUAAUGAGUAUCGUCGUGCUACUGCUCCCUCUCUCUCUCUUGUGUCUGGUUUGGUGGGUCUGAUCCAAAAUGUGACUCAACUCGAUUUUGUUUGUAGAGCUCUGUGAUCUUUUUGUGCUC